AUGACGCUGGUGAUUUGCGGCGUGUGCAUAUCCGAAUACAUGGGAUCUUUCUGGUUUGACUAUAAUAUCGCCACUGAACUUGACUCGCGGCCUCCGCUGACCAAGAGCGUGAAAUGGAUGUACAUGUUCUGUCGCUACAGCAACUUGAUGCUGUGCGCAGCUAUGGUAUUGCUAGACACUUACCAUAGAACACCUCAUUGCUUAUUACUCAUGAGUGUGAUCAAUGUCGCUGGAUCUUGCGCGGUCGCGUCUGGGAACUUUCUGCUAUUGAUCAGAGUUGGCGUUCUAUGGCGUUGGGAUAAACGUAUCAUCACGUUUUUCGCCCUUAUGUUUCUUGGAAGCGCGAUAACAAUGCUCCGUGCAUUUGUGCUGGUCAAGUCUCAUCCCGAGAACGAGCUUCUAGGCCCAGUGUGCGAACUCGCUCAGCUGAGGUUCGACCUGCCAAACUUCUACAUGUUUCUAUGUUUAGACUUCUCGCUCCUCGUCUUCCUAUUUCUCGGGCUUUAUCGAUGGAGCCGAGGAGGUACGUUCGAAGUUUGGAAGGUCCUUUGGAAUCAGGGGCUUGUGUAUCUGGCUGCAGUGAUCAUUCUAGAGAUCCCAAUGACUUUCUUCCUGACGCGGAACUAUAACGAAUACAUGAAUAACUUCUUCGCCGCUUUGGAUGGUAUUGUACUACCCCUCGUGACUACGCGAUUUUACCGCUCCCUGACGACAUUCGCAAACGGACACCAUACUCACGAGACUACAUAUUACUGGACGGAGAUGCCACAGUGGGCGGUACGGGUCCCCGACGUGGUCACUAUGCGCACGACCUUCAAUGGAGAAGACAAUCUCGAAGAACAAGGGCACACGAACGAGGUUUUGUAG